AUGACAGAAUCGACAGAAGAUUUGAAAGCCGACGGUAAUCGCUUCUUUCAACAAGGACGAUAUCAAGAAGCUAUCGAUGCAUAUAGUAAAGCCAUCAUCCGAAAUCCGCACGUUUCCACUUAUUUCACCAAUCGAGCACUUUGCCAUAUGAAUGCAUACUAUUUCGGCGGGCGAGCAGCUAUCCAAUUAGGAAACUACAACGAGGCUAUACGACUGAUCACGAAAGCAAAGGAGCUGGCUAGCACACAGAAAAUGAAUUUUGGAGAUGAAAUUCAUGCGCAAAUGCGGUUAGCGCGACGAGAAAAGUUUCGGAUGGAAGAGGAGAAGCGGAUCAAAGAGGAAGGCGAACUGCAAGCUUACUUGAGAAGGUGAUC